AAGUUGGGUUGGGUGGUGAUUGGAGCGUUGUUGGUACCUGCGGUUGUGUUGCGAGUUACAAGUUACAACAUUUAACUUAACAAAACAUGUGGCGUCGUUAUUUCUCUUGAAUCGAGGAAAGUAGAAGUAGAAGGCAGGAGGGAGCAAUUUCUGAGCACAGUGCCAUUCAUGGAGGGAUCCAUCUUGAUGCGUCAAAAUGCUCCCUCUCCAUCCAUUUUCCAAAUCUAGCAUUCUUCUUUGGAUCAAAAUCAAACACCAUUUUUCUCUCUUCACUCUUCACUCUCACCUCUGUCCCUAUUCUUCUUUUUUUCUCUCUCUUCCCAUUUCUUUCACCUAUGUGACUUGCUCCAUCUUUAUGCAAACCGUUAAAGUUAAACUUGUUCUCUGACUACUUCUCUUCUCUCUCCCUCUCUUUCUCUUGAGUGGGUUUGCUUCUGUCUCACAGAAAAAUUAUCAGGUACAAGGUCUUUAUUGGUUCCUCAAGUGGUUGUGAUUCUCAUAUCUCUUCUUCUAUUUUCAGACCCAGAUCUCCGUUUUACCCACCCACUAUUGCUGCUUCUGUAAAGUCUUUAAUUUUGGUAUUGAUCGUAGCCUUGUCAAUUUCUUGCUUUAAAAGGGUCAUUUACAUUUUUCUUUAUUUUUUUUUUUUGUAUUUUGUCUUUCCCCUUUUCUCUUGUUGUUUGAUUCCAAAAUUUGUUAAGAUGAACUUGUUCUAGCUUCUUGUUGUUCUGCUAGUGCUUCAGGGAAUGGCUAGUUUUGUAUUCUACAACAGCUUUGGGUGUUUAAUUGUUGUUAUUAGUUGAAAAAUUACUGAGAUUCAUCUUAAUGUGCUGAAUUCUAUAAUAUCUCUUGGCACAAAUUCAUAAACAAUUGUUAGAUCUGGCUUGAAUAUACUGCUAACUGCUCUUGGAAGAUACCAAAUACCAUGUUUCACAAACGUAUGUCUUGACUCUUGACUAUCCUCAAUUCCUUUGCCACAUCCCCUUCUCCAACGAGUAGUGUUUCUCUCUUGAUCUUCUCUCUCUCUGUGCUUAUAUCCCAUUUAUUUGCAUCACUCUUCGGAUUAUCAACCUUCUCGGGCAUAUUCAUUGUUAGUCUUCAUCCCUGGUCUAAUAUUCUUUCUUGCACAGGAUUUGGUCAUUGUUUUUUAGUUCUUACCUUUUGAUGCUCUAGUAUAGUCUCUAAGUUGGUCUUAGUUACACUUUGUAAGUCUCGUACAAAUGCCUUGUUUUCCAUUUUUGCUAUGUUGUUAAAUGAUUACUUAACUUGAGAGCUGAUUUUGUGGUUACAUGGCAAAACAAUUUAAAUAAUUUUAUGUUUUCCAUUUUUGCUAUGUUGUUGAAUGAUUACAUUAACUGGAACUGAAUUUAUGGUUACAUGGCAAAUCAACUUAAAUGAAUUCCUAGGCUUUGAGCUUGUAUUUGAGUGGUAAUUUGCUUGCAGCCUUUCAGGUGUUCUUGGCUAGAUUGCCACCAUGAUAAAGCAAAUUCUUAGCAAAUUGCCAAAGAAGGUGCCAAAAUCUGACUCAUCAGAUUCUGCAAGGAGUGAUUCUAGCAAUACCACUACUUUUGGGAAUGUUUUUCAGUGUACAAAUGUUGGAAGUACCAUUUCAAGCAAAUUAAAUGUUGUGAAGCGGGUAUCAUCCGUUGUUUUCCCAGCAAGCAUGAGUGCUGGAGUGGAAGCAGUUGACCCUUGUCUGUCCUUCAAAGAUGUUUCAAAUACACAGAAGCAAAGCCUGUUCAUUAGUAAGUUGAAUCUUUGCUGCAAAGUUUAUGACAUGAGUGAUCCUGAUAAGAACACCACAGAGCAAGAUCUCAAACGAAAAACGUUGUUGGAGCUUGUUGAUUAUGUUUCUUCUGGAUCUGUUAAGUUCACAGAACCAGCAAUCGCCGCAUUGUGUAAAAUGUGUGCAACUAAUUUGUUCAGGGCUUUCCCACCAAAGUUUCGAACAAGUACUACUGGUGGGGAAACAGAAGAUGAAGAACCUAUAUUUGAUCCUGCCUGGUCUCACCUACAAGUUGUUUAUGAUCUACUCCUUCAGUUCAUCAAUUAUAACUCUCUUGAUGUGAAGUUGGCAAAAGCACAUAUAGAUCAUGCUUUUAUUCUAAGAUUACUUGACCUUUUUGAUUCAGAGGACCCUAGAGAAAGAGAUUGCUUGAAAACAAUUCUGCACAGAGUCUAUGGGAAAUUCAUGAUUCAUAGGCCUUUCAUACGGAAAUCUGUUAGCAACAUCAUCUACCGGUUUGUUUUCGAGACCGAGCGACAUAAUGGAAUCGCGGAGCUGUUGGAGAUUUUUGGGAGUGUCAUUAGCGGGUUUGCCUUGCCAUUGAAGGAAGAGCACAAGAUAUUUUUGUUGAGGGCUUUGGUUCCUUUGCACAAACCUAAAUCUGUUGGCAUUUAUCAUCAGCAGUUAACAUAUUGUGUUGUACAGUUCAUAGACAAGGACCAAAGACUGGCUAGCUCAGUGAUAAAGGGACUAUUGAAGUACUGGCCAGUGACAAAUAGCCAAAAGGAGCUCAUGUUCAUCAGUGAGUUGGAAGAGAUUUUGGAAAUGACUAGCAUGGCUGAGUUUCAGAAGAUCAUGGUCCCACUGUUCCGACGAAUGGCUUUCUGCCUCAAUAGUUCUCAUUAUCAGGUGGCUGAAAGAGCACAUUUGCUAUGGAACAAUGAGCACAUUCUGAAUCUGAUAACGCAAAACAGACAGGUGAUUCUGCCUCUAGUGUUCUCAGCAAUUGUACAUAAUGGUCAAAGUCAUUGGAACCAAGCAGUGCUGAACCUGACUCAGAACAUAAGGAAGAUGCUGUCUCAGAUGGACGAGGAGCUGGUAGCUGCAUGCCAACGCAGGAUUGAGGAGGAAGAUUCAAGUGCAAGUUCUGCAGCUGAGAGGAGAAGAGUAACAUGGGAAAGGCUAGAAGCUGCUGCUGCUAAUUGUGUCCCAGUUCAAUCUACUACUUCUGUAGGUGGAGCUGGAGAUGUUUUAGUCCCAGUAAAAUCUGCUACAUGCUCAGUGGCAUGCUAAGCUAAUUAAUUGGUUUGAGUAAUGAUGUAAGGUUAAGGUGGUUCUAAUUACUGUUACUAUUACACAAUAGUGGUGUGGUUAUUGAGUUUUUAUUUGUAUACAAAUACUAGCCUCAAAAAGAAAAUGAAAUUGUGGUGACUUGAGGGGUCUUUGUUUGACAAAGAAAGUGUUUUCAAAGUGGUGGUGAGUAGGUGAUAGUGUUAUUUAAUUUAUUUUUGGUUUGAA